UAAACUCUAGAGGGCGCGCUGAAAAUCGAGCUUCCGCUUUGUCGAGGAUUUGACCCUACCAGGCUACCGUACAUCUGCUGUAAAUCAGCUGGAGUUGUCGUAGUGUUUCAGAGGUCACAACAAACCUUUCGGCAUGGGAGGAGACCACGGCCACAGCAAGCUGUCCAUGCCGGACUGGAAGCAGUGGAAAACCGAAGGAACACCGCUGGAGUUCACCCAACAGAGGCUGGCUGCCAGAGGCCUGAAGGACCCAUGGGCACGCAACGAGGCGUGGAGAUACUCGGGCGGGUUUGCUCGGGCCGUGACCUUGUCUGACGUUCUGCUCAGAGGGUUUAAAUGGGGCUUUGCUGCUUUCACAGUCGCUCUGGCGAUCGAGUACGCUGUUUUUCCUCCUAAGAAGGGAGGCCACUGAAAAAGAAUUCUCUGUGUUUUCUGUCAAUAAACAUUUGAUUCUCAUGUAGA